GUGGCCCCCGAGUACCCCCCCGAGUGGGGGGCGCUGCGGGUCUACGCGCGGGGCUACCACCGCGCGCUCGGACAGCAGGUGCGGGCGCUGGCGCAGAGGCCGCUGGACGUGGGCGAGAUGUACCUGCUGCUGGACUGGCACAGCAACGCGUACCCCAGGGAGGUUUUGGGGCACCCCGAUGUGGGGGCGCUGCUGCGGGCGCAGGAAUUGGGGCCCCUCCUGCCCCCCGACACCCAGAGGGACCUGGAGAGAUCCUGCAUCGCUGCGGUCAAGGCCAAGGUGGAGGUGGCCGUGGCGCAGGAGCUGCAGCUCAGCGAGGACAGGUGGCCCGAGGAUGUCACCAGCCAGGACAUGGAGGACGGGCUGGCCACGCGUGUCACCGGGCUGCUGCGGGCGCACGUGGACCGAGCCCCCCAGGUGACCCCCGAGUUCGGCCGGGAGAUGGCGCACAGCCUGCUGGGAGUGCUGGUGGCCUUCCUGCACAGCUUCCAGCGCAAGGUCGAGCGGUUCCUGGACAGCCCCGGCGAGCUGCCGCCCCCCGACGCCGCCCCCGGCCGCGCCAUCGCCCUGGCCAACUGCUGCCCCCCGUUCAGGGCGCUGGCGGAGCGGCUGGCGCAGUGCGGGCGCGCCGAGAGCGAGGAGCCGCGGCGGCAGGCGCACGCGGCGCUGGACAGGGUCACCCGCGCCUGCGGCCACCUCCUCACCCGGCGGCUCCUCGAGGAGCUCAAGCCGCACUUCGGGAAGCUGAUGAAGCGCAAGUGGCUGACGAGCUCGGACGCCUUCGACGCCAUCGUGAUGCUCGUCACCGGCUUCGCGCAGACCCUGCGGCCGCUGCACCCCGAGCCGCACCAGGUGCUGGUGAGCGAGCUGCACCGCCGCGUGCUCAUCGAGUACUUGCGGCCGCUGCUGCAGGGGCGCCUGGUGUGCCGCGCGGGGGGGAGCGCGGCCAGACGUGCUCGGCGCGAGGCCCGGCAGCUCCGCGAGCUCUUCACGCGCCUGGACUCGGCGUCGCCCUGGCUGGACUCGGUGGUGCCGCGGCUGCGGGAGCUGCUGGUGCUGGAGGACACGGCCGCGCUGCAGAUGGAGGUCGGGGCCCUGGCCAGGGACUUCCCCGACGUCCGGCGCAGACACGUGGCCGCGCUGCUGGACGCGCGGGGUUUGCGGGCUCAGGGCCCCCGCCGCGAGAUCCUGGGGGUGCUGCAGGACUUGGGGGGCUCGGAACCGGAACCGGGGCCCCCCCGGUCCCGAACGUUCUUCGCGGAGCUGGCGGCGCCGCGCCCCGUGCGCUGCCUCCCGUUCCAGCUGCGCCUCCCGCGCCUCCCGCGCCGCAGCCCCGCCAGGACCCCCCCGUGA